CUUGAAAGUUAUUUCGAGUAUUUUACACGAUUCUGUACGAUAUGUGGAAGGUGGAAGGUUUUCAAUAAAUUUGGAAUUCUGCAGCGUUUUGACUUAGAAGAAGGAGUGAUUUCCAGCCCUGUUUCUGUUACUCUAAAAGGGAAGUAGAAGAUGGCAGCUGAGUUGUGUGAACUUCCUGAAGGAACAUUGUCUAUGUUACCCAGCCCAGUAAUGAAGCAGGAGGUAUAAAGUGUUGGGAUGCACGCAGGAAUGGAUUCAUACGACUUGUUUGGAGAAGAUGUAGGUGGUAGCAUGCUGGAUGGCUUGGCAGACCUUGGUGCUGACAAUUUUGAUCCUGCCCCACCCGUGUCAGGCUCUUCACGUGAUACACCAGGGGCAGGAAGUGGCUAUGUUCAACCAUCAUAUGGGCAUCAGAUGUCCAGCAUGCAGCAAGAAUCCCCUCUGCAGAAGUUGGCAUCAUUUGGUGAUGAUUUUGCAUCUUCAAACCAUAUUGAUCCAUCAUCACAAAGCAUAUUCCAUCAGAACCAAAGUGGGUAUGAUAAUACACGACCCAUGUGCCCUCCAGGUACUGUUGGGGGGUAUCAAGGUCAUGUCAGAACAAUGGCGCCCCAGCAUGAUAUGAGAAGACCACCUCACCCCCAAGGCCCCUCAGCAAAUCAGUACCCACCUUAUUGUUCACCAGAUACUAUGUAUUCACUUGAUCAACAGCAAGGAAUUGGGGGUCCGAACAUAAACAUGAAUGAUGGUAUGCAGGCCUGGAACAGUACUCCAAGUUAUCCUGGCACCAUGAGGCAUUACAGUCAAAUGAAUCAAGGUGCGUAUCGACAGCACGUGAAUUAUCCCCAUCAGCAGGAUAACAGUAUGGGCGCACAGCAGAAACUGGCCCCACAACAACAGUAUUCAACAAACCAGCCAGGCCUCAUGAACUCCAUGAUGCAGAACAUUCCAGCGACUGGGGCAUAUCCCAUACCACAGCAGCAGAGGAUGCAGUCUAAUAUGGGUCAGCAGCAAUGUUACCCACAAGGCUCACAGUCUAUAGUGUAUCCAGGUUCAAACACGUCAUCAGCGUAUGGUGGCUACAGUGCCAUCCAGCAGCAACAGCAACAUCAGCAAGCAAGCAGGAUGCCACAUCAUGUGCAGUAUUCACAGCCUAAUCAGCAGCAGAUGCAGCCACAGAUAGACAUGAAUACAUCACAGAAUCAGCAGCAGACAUCAUAUAACCACAUUCAGCAACAUGGGCAACCUAUAGCACCAAGUUCUGGACAGAUGGGUCAUCCAGGAGUUGGAGGCUACAACCAGCAGGCUGCCUCCACAUUGGCACAACAGCACCAACAGAUGCCAAGACCCAUAGGUAUCGAGGUGACUGCUGGAGCAGCAAGUUCACAGUACAGUGCUGGUGGACAGAAAACUCAUGGCCAAACUCUUGGAGGAGCCAGCCCACAGUAUAGAGCACCAUUCCCUCAACUAUCACCUCAGAUGUCUCCUAGACCUCAAAUGUCCCCUCGACCUGCACCACCCCAACAGCAAAUGUCUCCACGUCCUGUGAUGUCUCCUGCUAAACCAAGCACUCUGUCCCCUCAUCCACAUCCCCAACAAUCUACUUUAUCACCACGCCCAGCCACUGCCCUCACUCCAAAGUCAACUACAUCUUCACCUGUCCCAAUGCCUAUCCCAUCAUUUCCUCAGCAAAGUACACUGCAACAGCUGGAGCAGAUGGUUAUGCCUCCAGUGUCUGGCAGCUCAACAGAGUAUCCCCCAUAUCAACCCAGAACACCACUUGCCCCUCCACCCCAACAAAACAAUCCAUUAUCCCCAGUGCUGGGUCCACGGAUGCCCAUGUCACCCCAGCAGUGGUCACAUCAGUCCCCUAGACCACCAGUCAGCAUAAAUGGUGGCAUAGGUAUGUUGGAGCCACAAAGUAACCAGGGAAUUCCAUAUCUCCCUCACACAACAUGUGACUCUAGGUCAAUGGAGCUACCAAAAGUUGUUCCAGCAACAACAAUAGGAGGAGCAAGUCAGGAUAUGGGGAUGCCGCCACUUCAGAGUUCAGCGCCUCCGUCACAAGUCAGUGAUUCCAGUAAUAAUCUUGUGCCACAGUCUGAGUUUGGUGCAGCAUCACAACUCUUGGGUGACAAGUUCUCGUCAAACAAUAGGACUCCUAGUAUGAAUGGUGCAGACAGUAGUCACAUUCCUCCUUCCCUUACUCCAGCUACUCCUUCUUCAAAUUUGGACAUGACGAGUAACCAACCUGUUGAUACGGCAUCCAAGACUGUAGUAGAUAUGAAGCCUAGCAGUAGUAGUAGCCUGCUGCCACAGGCACCAGGACUGGGUCUUCCACCUGCCGAACAGUCAGCUUAUGCUGAGUUUAGCACAGGCAGUAACAGUGUACUUUCAUACCAGUCUAGUGGUGUAGAUGAUAUGAUGCCUUCCCAGUAUCCAGCUCCAGUGGAUGGAAGUCUGUCUGUCACAGACCAGAACUCUGAUGGCAUGAUGAAUCCCCCUUUGUAUGACCCGAGUAGUGUGGGGUCAAGUUCCCAUCUCCCACAGAGUCUGGGGCUUUCAGCGUUCAGCCAUCAACAAGAGAUGGCAGCAUUGCAGCAGCAGCUUCAGGAGAUGUAUUGUAUGCCACCUGGACCAGAUCAUCAGGAGAAGAUUGCAAGACUACAAGACCGGAUCGCCAUUGUUCAACAGCACAUGGCCACUGAACAGUGUUCUGGAGGACCUCAUUGUAUGCUACAAGACAGUAUGUUUGUUUUGCCUUUUUUGGAUCCAACAGCACAGGUCACCAGUACAACAGGAAAGGGAAGGAGCAAAGGCAGUGCCAGGGGAAAGAAAGGAAGGAAAAAAGCUAUGGAAAUGGAUGUUUCAUUGGUGGAUUCUUCGUCGCUGCCUGAUAUGAACAUCAUUGAAUCUGUGGAAGAGUUUUUCCCCCAUUUUAGGAAACCUAGGGAACCUAAAAAGCCUAAGGAACCUAAACCACCGAAAGAACCGAAGCCGCCAAAAGAACCUAAACCACCGAAAGAACCAAAGCCUCCUAAGGAGCCAAAAGCUCCAAAGGAACCAAAAAAGAAACGUGAACCAAAAGCACCAGGUGAUCCUAAACCACCUAAACCUAGAAGGAGAAAUACAAAGAAAAAGAAGGAAGGUGCGGGCUUAGAAUUUACAGAUCCAUUAGCAGUGGAUCAAAGCACUGAAGAAUUAGUAGUAGCAGAAGCGCCCAUUACAGGUUCACCUACUGUUACGAUUAUCGAGUCUCUGGAUGGCAGUCUUGCUUCUAUUACCACUUCUGUUGCCAGCAGUCUGACUACUUCUACAGUUGCUGCUACCAUCACGACGAUUAAUACCCCUGUAACCACUGGCAUUGACCCUUUUUCUAUAAUAGAGAUUGCUGGCAAGUCAGUAGAGGAUGAUUCAGAAAAACCUAUAUGUAUUAAAGAGUCUGAAGAUCCAGCAAGUCCAAACAAGAGUUUGUCUGAAUCUUCAGUGAAAGGCACUCCCAUAGCUAAGAAACCAAAAAGGGAUAGGAAACCCAAAGUGAAGGCAAUCUUUCCAGGAAAGAAGAAUUCAAAAAGUACAUUUGGAAGUUCAAAGAAGAAGAAGAACAAACUGAACACAGCAGAUGAGUCUGAUGUUGAAGAUACGAUGGCGACCCCUCCCCCAUCUCCUGAGGAUGAUUCAGAAGCCUCUAAAAAUAAACGGCGAUCAGCUCGUAAUACUCAUCGGAAGAAAUAUGUAGAUGAUAUAAUGCUAAGUAUAUCGGAUGAUGAUUCGCCAAAGGAGGGCACUCCUAAGCAGGAUGCUUUCAAAGUCUCUUUAGAUGACACGGUGGAUCCUGCCGUGAAACCUAACUUUGUGUAUAUUAAUACAACAGAUGAAGAUUCAAUGGUUGUCCAGUACAUUCUUGCUGUUCGGAAAGGUAGAAGAGAAGUUAAAGUAGCCUCUGAAAGCAAAGAAGAAGUGAAACUACAAAUUGAAACUAGGACGGAGGAAAGAUCAGUAGUGUUAGACUCUGGAGAAAUCAGUGUUGAUGCUUCUAUCAAGAGUGAAGUUGUAAACAAGGAUCUUAUUCCACAAGAAAGUUUUGAUCUGGAAACAGGCAGCUUGAAGAUGGAUGGUAGAGGAAGGUGUGAGAAGUCUGAAGUUUGUGCCGAUGUUAGUGUUUCUAUAAAGGAUGGCCAGCGAAAUGAAGACAAAACUUUGUCUAAUAAUAAUUUCAGACCUAGUAUUACAGCUGCCAGUCUUUCUGAAGAAAAGCUUGUUUCUUCUAAACACAAAGAAUCUCCUGCUGAUGAAAUGAAAUUGAAGAGUGAUAGGGUUAAAGAGCCGCUUGUUGCCAAGGAAGAUAGUACUAUAAGGGAGAGAUUCAAACAGGACUUGGUUCACAGUAAAUCUGAUGCUCACUAUGUGGAGGUAGAAGAAUAUUUUGUUAAGUACAGAAAUUUUUCAUAUCUUCAUUGCGAGUGGAAGACUGAGGAUGAACUGUUCAAGGGAGACAAGAGAAUCUCGGCAAAAUUAAAACGCUUCAAGCAGAAAAUGGCCCAUCAUGCAAAUAUUUUUGAAAAUCUGGAAGAUGAACCAUACAAUCCAGAUUAUGUUGAAGUCGAUCGGGUGUUGGAUAUGGCAGAACACACAGAUCCUAAUACUGGUAAGACAAUCAAACAUUACCUUGUGAAGUGGAGAUCCAUGCAGUAUGAAGAUAGUACCUGGGAGCUUGAAGAAGAUGUUGAUCCUGUCAAAAUACAGCAAUAUGAAAGCAACAUCAAACGGCCACCAAAAGAGAAGUGGAAGACCAAAAAGAAGCCAACUGGUGAAGAGUGGGUUAAGUUGGAGGAGUCACCUAACUACAAGAAUGGAAACAAACUGAGAGCGUAUCAGUUAGAGGGACUCAAUUGGUUACUCUUCUCAUGGUAUAAUGGGCGAAAUUGCAUUUUGGCAGAUGAGAUGGGUCUGGGAAAGACAAUUCAGUCGUUGACUUUUAUUCAUGCUGUGCUUGAGUAUGGUAUUAGAGGACCAUUUCUUGUUAUAGCACCUCUUUCCACCAUACCCAACUGGCAGCGGGAGUUUGAAGCAUGGACAGACAUGAAUGUAAUUGUUUAUCAUGGAUCGACUGCAAGUAGAAACAUGGUUCAGGAGUAUGAGAUGUACUAUAGGAAUGAGAAAGGGAUGCCAAUGAAAGACAUGCCAAAGUUCAAUGUGCUCAUAACUACAUUUGAGAUUAUAAUUGCUGAUUGUAUGGAACUGAAGGAGUUCAGUUGGCGGCUUUGUGUUAUUGAUGAAGCUCAUCGCCUGAAGAACAGGAAUUGCAAACUGCUUGAAGGACUAAGGCUCUUGAAUUUGGAGCACAGAGUUCUGUUGUCUGGGACUCCGCUCCAGAACAACGUGAAUGAACUGUUCUCGUUGCUUAACUUCCUGGAGCCCACACAGUUCUCAAGCAAUGAAGCCUUUCUCCAGGAAUUUGGCGCUUUGAAGACUGAAACAGAAGUACAAAAGCUUCAACUAAUUCUCAAACCUAUGAUGUUGAGGAGGCUAAAGGAGGAUGUUGAGAAGUCAAUUGCUCCAAAAGAAGAAACUGUUGUAGAGGUUGAACUUACAAAUAUUCAGAAGAAGUAUUAUCGUGGAAUUCUGGAAAGGAACUUUUCAUUCCUGUCCAAAGGUACAUCAUCAGCCAAUGUGCCCAAUUUAAUGAACACCAUGAUGGAGCUCCGCAAGUGUUGUAUUCAUCCCUACCUUCUCAAUGGUGCUGAGGAACAGAUUCAAUUUGAUUAUCGACAGACAAAGCAGAUGAGCCCUGAUGACCCCGACGGUUAUUACCAAGCCUUGAUUCAUUCUUCAGGCAAGAUGGUUUUAAUUGACAAGUUACUGCCAAAGUUGAAAGCAAAUGGUCAUAGGGUUCUAAUAUUUAGUCAGAUGGUGCGCUGUUUGGAUAUAUUAGAAGACUACUUGGUAUACAGGAAGUAUCCGUUUGAAAGGAUAGAUGGACGUAUUCGCGGCAAUCUGCGCCAAGCCGCAAUUGACAGGUUUAGCAAGCCAGACUCUGAUCGUUUUGUGUUCCUGCUAUGUACAAAAGCAGGUGGUUUAGGCAUCAACCUAACAGCUGCAGACACGGUUAUUAUUUAUGAUAGUGACUGGAACCCUCAGAAUGACUUGCAGGCACAAGCUCGAUGUCACCGUAUUGGUCAGCAGAAGAUGGUUAAAGUAUACCGUCUGUUAUGCCGUAAUACUUAUGAGCGAGAGAUGUUCGACAAGGCCUCAUUGAAGCUAGGGCUUGACAAGGCAUUGCUACAGAGCAUGAACACAACGCAAGGCAAAGACCACAACAACAAACAGCUUUCUAAAAAGGAGAUAGAGGAUCUGCUAAAGAAAGGUGCAUAUGGUGCCAUAAUGGAUGAAGACAGUGCUGGAGACAAAUUCUGUGAGGAAGAUAUUGAUCAGAUUCUAGAACGUCGCACACAGAUCAUUACAUUAGAAUCAGAAAAGGGUUCUACCUUUUCCAAAGCCAGUUUUGCAUCUUCUGGAAUUCGAUCUGAUAUUGAUAUUGAUGAUCCAGACUUCUGGAAAAAAUGGGCUAAAAAAGCAGAGAUUGAUACAGUAGAGGAAAGUGACAAGAAUGAACUGGUUAUUUCUGAGCCACGACGCCGCACGCAAAUAAAGAGGUAUGGCCAUGAUGAAAGUGUUGUUGAUAUGUCAGAGUUGGAUAGUUCUUCUGAAAGUGAUGAAGAUCCAUCCAUAGGAGUUGGAAGAGGCAGAGGACGUAGAAGCAGGACUAAACAUGGAAAGAAAUCAAGGUUGAAGUUUUUGAGUGAUGAUUAUGUGCCUAAAGAUGGUGAAAUCGUUUAUGGCAGUUGGGCCCGAAGUGAAUGCUUCAAAGUUGAAAGAGGCCUAUUGACAUUUGGGUGGGGAAGAUGGCCAGAAAUACUGGCUCACAGUCAUUUCCGUCGAGGUUGGAGAGAAAGUGAUGUAGAAGAUUGUGCCCGUGUUAUAUUGCUGUUCUGUUUAAGAUAUUAUCGAGGUGAUGACAAAAUUCGAAGUUUUAUCUGGGAUCUUAUUACGCCAUCAGAAAAUGGAGAAGCCAGGCUACCAAGAAAUCACAUGGGCUUAAAUACACCAGUCCCACGAGGCAGGAAAAAUAAAAAACACACGAAGAAAGAUUUCCGUGAGUCACGGUCUCUGGCACAUAUGCAUCAUGAUUCACUUGAUGUCAAUGAUUGGAGCCGCCAUGAGAAGUAUGAUGGAGACAUCUUCUUGGAAAACAACUACAAGAAACAUCUCAGCAGACAUGCCAACAAGGUUCUACUGAGGGUGCGGAUGUUGUAUUACAUCAAACAUGAAAUCAUUGGUGAUCUGGUCCAGCACAUAGCAGAUGGGGUCCACAUUAGUGCCUUGCCGAUAUACCCACCCUAUUGCGAUCAGCCCCCUGCCCCCUGGUGGGACACUGACGCAGAUAGGUCACUUCUGGUGGGUACCUACAAACAUGGUUAUGAAUGCUACCCUGCUAUGAGAAACGACCCGGCACUUGGUUUCCUCGCACGCUGUGGCCCCGAUGUUGGUUCUGCUAUGCUGAUGCUUGCCAAUAACACAGUGACAGUCAACGAGGAUGAUGUUGGUAAAAUUACGGAAGACGAGGAAACUCUUGAAGGAGAAAAUUCUAUGGGAAUGAAAGAGUCUGCGAGGGAGGUAGUUCCUUCAGACAUUCUUGUAGAACUGUCCUCAGUCCCAACCCCAGAGCAACCAGAAUCUGCUUCAUCAUCAGCGGAGCAUCAGCUGUCUGGUACGAAAGAAGAAGAGAAGCUGUCUAUAGAGGAUGACCCAAAGAAGGCUCAUUGGCCAUCCAUGGUUGACCUGAAUACAAGACUGAGGAGGGUCAUUACAUCAUACCAACGUAACUUCAAGAAGGAAGAAAUGAGACUUGCACAGAAAGCUAAGCAAGGGGUAGAAGCAGACCAGCAUGCUGUAAUCAGAGACGUACUGAACACGCAAGGAUGGGAUUUGCAACAUCUAGCCAUGUAUCUGUGGAAAAUUGAGCGCCGAGAAAAGAUCGAACAGAUAGUACGUGAAAGAGAGCGACAGAGGAUGGAAGUCUACCAGAGAAAAUGGUCACGCAGGGAAGAGGCUGAUUUCUUUCGUACCAUCUCCACGUAUGGGGUGGAAUUUGAUAGGAAGCGAAAUUGCCAUGACUGGACCAGAUUUCGAGCAAUAUCUCGAUUGGAUAAGAAAUUUGAUGACACCAUGACAGAGUAUUACAAGUCCUUCUGUGCAAUGUGCAAGCGAGUUUGUGGGCUUAAACUUACUGAGGAAGAAGAGUGCAUGGACUUCCCCGUUGAGAUACUUAGUGAAGACAAAGCACGCAAGACUCUGGAAAGGAUAGAACUCCUGAAUAAGAUUCGUGAAGACAUACUGACACAUGCUCUGCUGGAUGAGCGACUCAAGCUGUGUCAGCCAUCAGCUGACCUUCCUGAGUGGUGGUUGCCUGGGAAGCAUGAUAAAGAUCUACUCAUUGGUGCUGCAAAGCAUGGGUUAGGCAGAACAGACUUCUUCAUUUUGAAUGACCCACACUUGUCUUUUGUGGGUGUGCUGCGCAAACACCUUGUCUUGGAUCAGCCAUUAACCAUGCAAAAAGAGGGUUUAAAACUGGAGACAGAUAUGAAAUUUGAACGACCAGAAGAUAUUCUGAGAACUGACAAGAAUGAGAUAAUUGUCAAGUUGGAGAAAGGGGAGGGUACUUUAAAAAUCGAAAAGAUAGGUGUGAAGAAGGAAGCAAAGCUAUCUGAAACUGUAGGGCAAGUAAAACCUGAGAAAGAAUUGUCUGUUAAGGAGGAAAAGAAUGAGGUUGCAUUAACACUAGUCAAAAGCAGUAUAAAAUGUGAACAGGAGGAUUUCUUGGCAGAAGAUCAGAAUGAGUCCACGGAAGAGCUGGUGAAGAAGACUGCCAGUGAGAAUGAAAUAGAAACAGGAGAAGAGAAGGAAGAGACAACAGAAUCAGAUACAGGUAGAGAUACACAAUGUAUCAGCACAGACACUGGUCAGGAAAUGGGAAGAAAGGAUGAAGAAGCUGAAAAUGCAGAACUGGGAGAAGAAAUUACCAAGGAGAACAGCAUAGAGAAUAAAGAUAAUGAAAGUAUAGUUGAAGUACAUAGUGAGUCAUCAGGAAAUCAAGAAUCAUCACAAGAACCACAGAAAGAUGAUGAAGAAGAAUCGCAGGAUGAUAUAAAACAUGAAACUGAUAGUAGUAGCAAAGACAGCUUGGAGAAAUUGGAAGAAGUAGAAGAAAAGAUGGAAGUAGGGCCAGAUAAAGAGCCAGAUGGUACUACCGAAACAGAGAAGAGUGUGGAAGAAGAUAAAUGUGAUGACUCUGAUGUCAAAAAGGUUGAUGUAGCAGAAACCAAUGAGAAAGACAAAUUAGAAGAAGAUAGCAAGGAAGGAAGCUGUGAAGAGAACGCGGCAGUAGAAACGAGAGAGUCGGCUGAGGCUAGCAGCUUGGAGGAGAAGAGUAGAGUGCGGUCGUGUGAGAGUGACAUCGUGUCAGAGAACAGUUUGAAGGGGGAAGAGUCUCUGGAUGCUAUGCCCCUCACUUCGAAGAAACAGACCAACUGCAACUCUAACUCUCAAGCUGCUGAACUGAAAGCCAUGUUUCCUGACUUGGAGGUCAUACAACCUCUGUCACAUCUUGCAGAGGUAGACGCAUAUGUCCUUGGAGGGAAACAGCCCAGCAUUAACAGUGGAGAAGUUCUGGAUUACUCUGAACCUACUGUAGCGCAGUUGCUAGCCCAGAGCUAUCAGAACCCAAUCAAAUGGCCCAAGGAUCAUGUUUUGGAGGUGCGUCUGCAGCACAUAGUGCAUGCUGUUGAGCACAAGGAAUGGCCUGUUCCACGCAACUUCAGUGCGUACAACACGACCAGUAUUAUGUUGGGAACGAGUGGAGAACUGGAUCUGAGCUGCCAUGACACUCCUGAUGCUACACCCAAGAGAGACACCUCAACACCAAUGUCCGUGUCAGAGGGUUCAGAAGUUAUCACCAUUACUACUGAUCAUGGUACUCCCAGACUUCCUCCAACAAAGAAGAGAAAAAGGCACAUAGCAAUAGAUGUAGAAACAGAGAGAGCUAAAUUGCAUGCAUUGUUGAAUAGCAGUGCUACUAGUCAGCAACCCCCUCCACUAACUAAACCAUCACCAUCACAUCAUUGGGAAACCAAUGAAGAAUCAUUAUCAGAAGAAUCCAGACGUUCAACACCAGUGGCUCCCAUUACAAGUCUGCAGCCUCCACCUGCACAUCAACAAAGUCCACGUAUCUUAUCAAUGCCAUUUGAUCUGAAAUAUCACUCAUCACCAAAGAAUUUGGGGCCAACCAUGAUCCCAGGAACAUCUAGCACCCUGACACCUAUAGAUCUGUCAUCAGGUCUUCCGAAGGUGAACACACCUGAGAUCCCCAAGAACAAAGAGAUGAUAAAUGAGGCGCAGGACUUCUCAAUGCCCUCAAAAAAUAAACAGAAAAGUAAACUUGAUGAAAUGCUUGGAAAACUUAUGAAGAAAAACAAUUGUCCAGCAGAAGAGCCAGUUGUUGGCAAAGAAAAGAAGCGGCGCAAAUUGGAUGAGAUAGUGUUGGGUCUGUCAGCUGCAAAGGAGCAGAAAACAUUGUUCUCAGACUUGAAAAAGUCUGGUACAUCAGGAAUGAUCAGCCCCAGUGUAACAGUUACUCCCACCUCAGUCAGUUCCACCCUUGGGGGUCCCCCAGUAUCAUCCUCUUCAUCCCCAGCCCCCAAACCUUUCACCAUUACUGUAACAUCCGUCCCAUCUCCCGCAGCCCCAGGAUCAUCACGAAACACUAUUGGAGUUGAUAUGGGUGUGCUUCCUCAAAUUCCAACUCAAAAAGAAAGUUUCUCCUCCUUCCUUGCCCAUGCAGAACAACAGAAAAAAAAACAGCAACAACAGCAACAGGCAUCGUCCCUGUCUCAAUCGUCACAAGUACAGAGGAAGACUUAUGAGUCGAUGAUUGCUGACCUGAGCAAGGUGACCGAUUUUUCAUCAAAGAUUAGUUCCUAUUCUCAUGAAGCUAAGGUGAACAAGUGGUUGGCAGAACAAACAGCCCUGAUGCCUGAACAGCCACUAACAUCAGAUUACUUAGCCCCAAGGCGUCGACGACCAAGGGUGGACCCAUCUCUUUUAGACUGGAAGAAAUUGACAGGAGAGGAAAAUGUUUCUGUUAUCAACAGAUUAACUGGGAAGAAGAUUACUGGAAGCAAGGCCCCACAGCUUAAGAAACUUGCACAAUGGUUAUUGGAGAACCCAAUGUUUGAUGUUGAUCCAAAAUGGGCUGAGCUUGUAAAGGAAAGAGGCAACCUCCCUCAUGACCUACAGAAGCGGUUGCCACCCAAUGAGAGAAAGAAAGGACCUGGUCGCCCUCCCCUUCUCUCAAGCCCACCUGGCCAGCAGUCUUCUGUAAAUCAAGCAACAUCACUUGCAUCAACCUUGCCAUUCCCCUCACUGACAUCAGCUGGACUCAGUGGUCUGUCAGCUGCAGGACUGAAUCCUAGCAGCCUUCUGUCAGGAUUGUCUCUUGGAGGAUUUGACCCUAAGAAUAAUCCCUUGCUGCUUCCAUUUGGAGGAAUGCCAAACAUGAGUGCCCUGGGCAGUAUGAGUGGGCUUGGAAAUUUGGGGAACAUGAGUCUUACUAGUUCCCUUUUUGCCAACUUGGCAGGUCUUGGAUUACCAUCACUGGCAGGAAUGGAUGGAAGUGAACUGGGAAGUUCUGGUCCUAGUACCUCCGGAACAGGAAAAACGAAAACACGCAAACCUGCAGAUUCUGAACGUGGACACAGCAGUUCAAAACCUCCAGUGUCAUCUUCCUCAUCAAGUAUCCCGUCAUCAGCUCUCCCAUUUUUUUUCCCUAAUCCUGGUCUUUUGUACACACCUCUUGGCUUAGGUGGACUGAAUCCAUUUUCAAUGCAACCAGGCUCUAUGUCUUCUGCUUAUGAUAGUCUUGCCCAGCAAUGUGGAUUGCUGAAUGGCAGCCUUGGAGUUGGUGCAACAUCUACAGCUCCACUGCAGUCUUCAUCUUCACGAACUGGACACAAGUCAGGAAGCAGUUCCCGACCAUCGACAAUGACAUCAUCAUCAUCUACAGCAGCAAAUCACAGGCAUCAGCGAGCAGCUACUAGAGAUGCACUUGACAGACAGCAACAGCAGCAGUUGCAGCAGUUACUACUCCCACAUGACACCCACCUGCUGGAAAGCCUCAGUAGAGCUUCAACCAUGGAGGCAGCUCUACGCAAUGAAAAGUGGGUGAGAGAGACAGACAGAAAAGAAACAAUUGAGAAGCGGGCAAGAGAUGGAGAAAGAAAGGAGUCAUUUGAGAAUUUAAGUAGGAGUUCAGUCACAGAUUUUGCUGCUCGAUCUGAAGAUAGGCAAGUAAAGAAGUUUAAAGAGAGUGAAAGAAAGGAAAGUGCAGAGAAUCUCACUCGUAAUUUCAUGCCAGAAUCUUCAGCUCGCAGUGAAGAAUGGUUGUCGAGGAAAACAAAAGAAUCAGAAAUGAAGGAAGCUUUAGAAAAUUUGUGCAAGACUUCUUCUGAAUUUCUAGCUCGUAGCACAGAAGAAAAGUCUGGUAAGCGUACAAGAGAUGCAGCAGAAAACAUAAUGAAAACUUCAUCUAGUGUUCCUUCAGGUGAUGAACGACCUGCCAAAAGGGCAAGGGAAUCAGAACGGAAAGAAGUUGCUGAAGAAAAGAAUAGUUGCAUGGCAUUAGUUACAGAUCGAAGUGUUGAUUGUGCUGCUGUGGACAUUGAAGCUCUUUUGACUUCCUCCACAGUGUCCAAGGAUGGAGCUACUGUUUCAGUUGUAACACCUUCAGAGGAGGUAGUGGCCCCAGAAAACUCAAUGCUGCCUCCUGUUUCAACAGAAAAGAAUUCUGUGAUAAUGUCUAAAGUUGCAGAAGACAAGUCACUCACAACAGAAGGUAUUGAAAUUGAAGCUUCACAACAAACCACAUUAUCAGCACAAGCCAUCCUGUCUCUUCCACCAUCAUCCCCCCAGCCAGAAUCUUUCCCACAGUCUUUAUCUUCUCCUGCACCAAUAUUGCCAGAGGUGCCUGAUCCACAAGAAUCUGAGCCUAGCAGCAGUGGAGGGAGGGCAACCAGGUCAGGAGCAGGACGACGGGCAAGGAGCAACAAGCGAUCGAAACAGGCAGUGGCUAAAUUGGAGGAGCCAGAGGCACCCGUGGUAGAACGCAAGGUUCUGCGAAGUAGUGCAGGAAGAGCAGCAGCUGCAGCAGCAGAAGAAGAGCGUGAGAACAGUGAAAACACCAAAGAUAGCAAGAAGCAAGAAUCAGUGGAUGCAAACUGUGAAGCUGCACCUAGUGAAGAGAAAGUUGAAACGUAG